AUGCCAGCUAUAUCACUAGAAAGAGUACCGUUACCUAGUCUUCAAACCUAUACCUCUAUUUCUGUCAUAUUGUUGGCAUGCUGUUUAUUCUAUGCUCACCAAACUGUCACCAAUGAAGAUGCAAUUCUGGGAGUGGCAAACAAUGCUGACCUCAAGAUGAUAUGGAAAAAUCUCAAUAUUACUUUGCCUUAUGAUGACUAUAUGUGGAACAUGAUUUUUGUGUUAACUACCGAAGUCUGGUGUGUUUGGACUCUUGUCAAUACAACCUAUUGUAUAUUGAUAUUAUUAGCCAAGGGUAUACAGAAAAUCAUAUUUGGUGAAUUGAGAGUUAGUGAACAACAGCAUUUAAAAGACAAGUUUUGGAAUUUCGUAUUUUAUAAGUUUAUAUUUAUAUUUGGUGUUAUGAAUGUACAGACUAUGGAAGAAGUAGUACUGUGGGUUGCUUGGUUCUCUUCACUUGGCUUUUUCCAUCUCAUGACUCAGUUGUCUAAAGAUAGAUUUGAAUAUUUGUCAUUCUCUCCUACUACAUCAAGAGCAUCUCAUAUCAAGUUAUUAUUAUUAUUAUCUAUUGUUCUAAUAUCAUGUGGAGGUCUGAUGGCUGUAUGUAUUUACACUGGUUUUAAUGCUGGAUUAACUAUAUUCUCAUUUAUGGCAGCAGAGUGUAUACUGUUAAGUAUAAGGACUUUAUAUGUUCUUGUAAGGUAUUUCAUUCAUCUGUAUGAUAUGAAUAUGGAAGGUGUAUGGGAAAAUAGAUCUACCUAUGUAUAUUUUACUGAACUGGUAUUUGAAUUAGCAGCACUCUCUGUUGAUUUCUCACACCAUCUUCAUAUGUUGCUCUGGGGUAAUAUUUUCCUCAGUAUGGCUAGUUUAGUGAUCUGUAUGCAGUUACGUUACUUGUUCUAUGAGUUCCAGAGAAGAAUUAAAAGACAUAAGAAUUAUCUGAGAGUUGUGAAAAAUAUGGACGCCAAAUUUCCUAUGGCAACAGUUGAGGAAUUAGAAAAGAAUGCAGAUAAUUGUGCUAUUUGUUGGGAAAAAAUGGAUGCUGCUCGAAAAUUACCAUGUGGUCACCUCUUUCACAAUGCUUGUUUGAGAUCAUCAUUAGAACAAGAUACAGCCUGUCCAACAUGUCGAAUGUCUUUGGGUGAUGAUCAACCUCAUGGUAGAGAUGGUGCUAUACCAUUACCAAACCCUAACCCAAAUAAUGAAAAUCAAGCACAAAAUCAAGCUAAUAAUCAAGCAUUGGUUAACCACUUCUUUCAUUUUGAUGGUUCUCGCUAUGUUAGCUGGUUACCAAGUUUCUCAGUAGAAGUAACACAUACCAGUUUACUACCUGGUCAACAACAACCACAUAUACAAACUUCACAGUUAGAUAAUAUGGCUAGACAAGUACAGAAUGUGUUCCCUACUAUGCCACUACCUACUAUUAUAGAUGAUUUACGUACUACUAGAUCAGUAGAUUUAACUAUAGAUAAUAUAUUAGAAGGCAGACUUGUAGCUCCA